UGGCCACAGGCCCUCUGAGCGUCUCUAGAUAGCCGAGAGGGGUCUAGUUGAGUUGUUUUGUCCGGGGCUCCUUCCAUCCCAGCAAAUCCACAGAAAAGGACUUCCAACUGUUUCCUUUUCUGCCCACAGGGAAUCAUGGCUCGGGCCCCCGGCUAUCGAGGGCCUCUCUUGGGGCUGCUUCUGCACUUUGCUCUACUUUGUUCAGCUCAAAGGGAGUCAGGACCUUCUGGACCUGCAGGUGUACCAGGAAUUGAUGGCAUUGAUGGUGAUAGAGGAUCGGAGGGCCCAGCUGGUCUUGCUGGACCUGAUGGAGAACCUGGUAAAGUUGGAUCUUCUGGAUUACCUGGAAUUCCAGGAAAUGAUGGUUUGACCGGACCUAUCGGAGACCCCGGGCCCGACGGUCCCCUUGGACAGAAAGGUGAACCCGGAACAGUUGGACCUCGUGGAGCCGCUGGUGUCGGGUCAGAUGGACCCCCUGGGCCACCUGGGCCAGGAGGACUUCCGGGCCCGUUGGGGAAAACAGGACCACUUGGGCCGAUGGGUGUGAGAGGGCCCCAAGGACCUCGUGGACCAACAGGCCCCAGAGGGGCAGCUGGGAUGCUGGGCAGUGCCGACCUGUGUCCCAACUCGUGUUCAUCUGGGACCUCUGGACAUCCUGGCCUUCCUGGCAUGAAGGGGCACAAAGGUGUCAAAGGUGAAGCCGGAAUACCUGGCAAGCAAGGCCACAAGGGGGAGGAAGGAGAGCAAGGGGGUCAAGGGGAGGUUGGUUCACAAGGACCAACGGGCAGCCAAGGCAUCCGUGGAGCCACAGGAAUGAUGGGCACUAAGGGAGAGACGGGUGCUCGAGGACCUGAUGGAGAUCCAGGUCCUCAGGGUGUUGCCGGUGCAUCUGGUGAUCAAGGCCAACGAGGUGUGAUGGGUGAGCUGGGGCCUAAAGGUGAAGAGGGUUUACAAGGACCAAGAGGCAUCACAGGUCUGCCAGGCCCCAAAGGAGACGCUGGUUUACCCGGUGUGGAUGGCCGUGAGGGCAUUCCAGGCCUGCCGGGAUCAAAGGGAGGGAUUGGGAAGCCUGGACUUCCUGGAGAAGGUGGCCCUCAGGGCCUUUCUGGUUUGCCUGGCUCACCUGGACCAAAAGGACUGAGUGGCCCAAAGGGAGAUGCCGGUCAAACAGGCUUCCCUGGAACAAUGGGGCCUGCUGGAAAAAUGGGCGAGCGCGGGGAACAAGGCGAGAUUGGAGUCUCUGGACCCAUCGGCGAACCUGGAGAUUUGGGAGAACACGGCCCGGUGGGUCCAGCUGGAAAGCUUGGUUCCAGGGGACCUAAAGGUGAUCCUGGCCUCCCUGGUAUUCCAGGACCUCCUGGCACUCCUGGCAUGAAAGGAGAAAGGGGUGAGCGAGGAGAAGGAGGCCCCAAGGGAGACCAGGGUCCACAAGGUGAUGAAGGCAACCCUGGGGAGAGAGGGGAUAAUGGUGAGCCUGGAGAAGCUGGAGCAAAGGGAGAGACUGGGAACCCCGGCGAGCCUGGUAAUAGAGGUCCAGAGGGAAUUCGAGGCCAGCCUGGAAUUGAGGGUCCGCCUGGCACACCAGGACCGCGAGGCAUGCAGGGGAACAGAGGCCCGCCUGGAGCCAGAGGAACACAAGGCCCUGCGGGUAAAGAACCAAGCGACCAGCAUAUCAAGCAGGUCUGCAUGCGAGUCAUGCAAGAACAAUUAGCGCAGUUGGCUGCUAGUUUGAGAAGACCUGAGUCCGGCGCUGCCGGCUUACCUGGGAAACCCGGACUCCCGGGCCCUCCCGGGGCUCCGGGAGACAAUGGCUUCCCAGGACAGGCAGGGACAAGAGGCCUUCCUGGACUCAAAGGACCACCAGGACACAUUGGAGCCAAAGGACCCAAAGGUGAUAUGGGUGACAGAGGUUCCCGUGGGCCCACAGUGAGGGGAUCCAAAGGUCAGCAAGGACCUCCAGGGCUCCCCGGCGAGGCUGGCAAACCCGGUUACGGUCAGGACGGUCGCGAUGGCCAGAGGGGACCUCCUGGUCUUCCAGGACAGCCCGGUGUCCCUGGGCCUCCCGGUACAGCCGGUCCGAACGGCUACUGUGAUCCAUCGUCUUGCAAUCUGUCACCGGGAGCUCAGCCGGAAGUGAAGGGACCUGCAAGGAACUAAAAGCCACUCUGGGAGAGACAGAGACUAUUGGAUUCAAACAUGUUUCAUCUCAGGGGUUUGUGGUGCCUUCCCUCCAUUAACCUCUAGUCUUGUCUUCGCAAGCUCUGCCACAAGGCGCCCAGCUCCUGAAAAACACACGUUUGUUACUGGUUGCCAAAAUCUAUCGUGUGUUCUUUUUCUUUCCGACCUGGAUUGGUGUUUUUAUAGUCCCAGCAAUGUGUUAUGAUUGUUCAUCCUAGUUUCUCUCAAUUCACAGUAUUUUUCCCCCUCUCCUCCCUUGAAAAACUUGUCAAUCACCCCAAAUAAAUUUGGAUCAGGUCUUGCCUUUUUGUUUUGUAUGUGGUAAUUUAUCAGACAAAUGAUCUUUUUUUUUUUACGAUUGUCCAAAUGUCAGAAAGUCUUUUCUGUUGCAAAUAAAAGGACAGAGGGUGUCACACUGACUUCAGUGUAUGUUGUAAAUCUGUAAAAAAAAACAUGUUUAGGUUGUGGUUUAGUAUAUUUCCUACAAAAUAAACUGAUGUGACAUUUUGCCUCGUUGUACAGGACAACAACAUUAUAUUUUAGUAAUGAUGAGCGCAAUGGUCAUUAAUGUAACAAAUAAAUAAAAAAAAUACACACAGAACUGU